AUGGUGCCGGAAACCCAGCUGUACCCAGAUACCGCCAGCACGCCUGCAGUUCCUGUUUGCGCCACCAAUACUGCGCCUGUUAAUAAUACUACCAUUGCCACCCAAACCACCGCCAGCUUAGCCUGGAAUGCAGUGCCCACCGCCACCGCGUACGAUGUGUAUUUAUGGACAGGUGCCACGGCGCCGGUUACCCCAACGGCUGCAAAUGUAGCCGCUACCAGCUACAACGCCGCCGCAUUAACGGCUGCUACCAACUACAGCUGGUAUGUGGUGCCGAAAAAUGCCGCCGGUUCCGCUACAGGUUGCAGCACCAGCAACAAAACCAGUUUUACCACUGCGGCGGCUGCUACCGGCGGUGCCGGUACCGGCUUGCAGGGUGCUUAUUUUAACAAUAUAACGUUAACGGGUAGCCCAGUAGUAACCCGCACAGAUACAACUGUUAAUUUUGACUAUAUUUAUACGGCUGCUGCACCCGGUGUAAACCUGGAAAACUAUUCAGUGCGCUGGACAGGACAGGUAAAAGCGGUAUACUCUCAAACCUAUACCUUCUACGCAGUUACAGAUGACGGUGUAAGGCUUUGGGUAAAUGGCGUUCAGCUGAUUAAUAAUUGGGUGAACCAGGGCGCUACCGAGAAGAGCGGCAGUAUUGCACUGGUUGCCGGCCAGCGGUAUGAUAUUGUUAUGGAGUAUUACCAGGGCACCGGUUACGCAUCGUCAAAACUCUACUGGUCAAGUGCCAGUACGCCAAAGGCAAUUAUACCCAAACUGCAGCUGUUCCCGCCCGGAUAUGUAGAUCCAACUGCACCAUUGUGUACUACUAAUAGUUUGCCCGCCAAUGGAGCCACCGUGGCACUGGCAACAUCCGCCAGCCUCAGCUGGAAUGCAGCAGCAUCAGCUACCGCCUAUGAUUUGUAUAUCUGGACAGGCGCUACUGCACCCGUUACACCCACAGUUGCCAAUAUUGCAGCAACCAAUUACAAUGCCACCGGGUUAACAGCUGCCACAAACUAUAAUUGGUACGUGGUGCCCAAGAAUGCCACAGGCAGUGCCACCGGUUGCAGCAGCAGUAAAACCACGUUUGUAACAGCAGCGGCAUCCGUUCCCUCCUGUACCGCCAAUUCCGCGCCUGCUAAUGGCAGCACCGUUGCCGCCACCAAUAUUGCAACCCUUACAUGGACCGCUGCAGCCACGGCCACUUCUUAUGAUGUGUAUGUACCAAUAAAUGGACUUUUACCACAGCAGGUGCCAGUACCGGCACCGGGUUACAGGGUGCUUACUUCAACAAUAUAA